CCAGGCACACAUCGUCACCUAGGGCCAGACUCGUCUGCAUCAGUACUAGAAACUGUACAGCUCACCGGGGCCGCUGCCGUUACUCACUCCUUUAGUUAAGGACUUAGAAUUUGUGAUGCGGCACAAGACGGAUCACAUCACUGUGAUGUAACCGUGUGUGACCCCAAAACAAAACCCCCACAUGUGUUGUACAUACCCCAUCCUCCCUGCCACCAACAUGCCCAAGAAGAAGACAGGACAGAGGAAGAAGGCUGAGAAGCAAAAGGCAAGACAGAAGGAGCUGAGGAAGGGUCGGGCCAAUCGCUCCUUGGCGGAUCUGCCGUGCAACUCUGUGAUGGAAUGUGACAAGUGCCAGCGGAGGCAAAAAAACCGAGCAUUCUGCUACUUCUGUCAGUCCCUGCAGCGGUUGCCUCAGUGUGCUCAGUGUGGCAAGGUGAAAUGCAUGCUGAAGACUGGUGACUGUGUCGUGAAGCAUCCCAGUACCUUCACCACCGGCCUGGGUAUGGUGGGCGCCAUCUGUGAUUUCUGUGAGGCGUGGGUGUGUCAUGGGCGGAAGUGUCUCCAGACUCACGCCUGCACCUGUCCCCUCAUGGAUGCUGUUUGUAAUGAGUGUGAGCGUGAUGUGUGGAGCCACGGGGGACGCAUCUUCCGGUGUCACUACUGCCAGAACUUCCUGUGUGAGGAUGACCAGUUUGAGCACCAAGCCUCCUGUCAAGUUCUGGAGCAGGAGUCCUUCAAGUGUCAGUCUUGUAAUCGCCAUGGCCAAUACUCCUGCCUGCGCUGCAAGACCUGCUACUGUGAGGAGCAUGUCAGGAGAAAGGGCGUUAAGUACGACAACCGUCAGAAGCUGCCGUGCCCCAAGUGUGGCUUUGACACCGAGGAGACCAAGGAACUCAGCAUGUCCACACGCACCCACAAGUUUGGCCGGCAGCAGAUGGACCUUGAUGACGAUGGUGAGGGAGCCGUGGGAUAUAGGUACAAUGACUACAGUGAGGACUACUAUGAUGAUGAAGAGGAAGAGGAGGAUGAAGAGGAAGAAGAAGAGGAUGAUGAUGAGGAGGAGGAGUCUGAGGAGGAGGAGGGUGAUGAAAGCAAGAGUAAAUUGCCUCAGUAAACCUAGACUUUGUUACUCCUUGAUGUCAGGUGAAUGAAUAAAGGGUUGGUGGUCUCUCUUGUUUCUUGAGUCUUCCUGGGAGGACUUCGCUUUCAUCACAGUUUUUAUAGGUUUGACAUUUGCACAUUCUCUCUCUCUCUCUCUCUCUCUCUCUCUCUCUCUCUCUCUCUCUCUCUCUCUCUCUCUCUCUCUCUCUCUCUCUCUCUCUCUCUCUCUC